UAUGGAUCAUUUUGAAUAACCAUCAGCAAAAUUGCUUUAUCUUAUUAAUGAAAUGAAUAGACUGAAUAUGAUCACACAAUUAGAGAAAUGCACUUUGAAAUGUAAGUAUAGGUUGUGAUAGUAGAGUUUGUUUUGUAGGAGCAUUAAGGAAUAUAUGAUCUUUUAAAAUAAUAUCCAAAGAGUGACACAGAACUUGAUUUGGCUGAGGCAAUAAUAAUCUUAUUGAGAGGAGCUCCAAAUUCAGAGUGUAAUAAUUAAUUAUUAAUGUAGAAUAAUAAGUUUAGGAUGACAGUGAAUAUUAAGCGGAUUUGUAAAUAUAAGAAGAUGUAAGAAAUAACUGAAUAUUAAUUAAAGCUUUAAUCUCCUUUGGGUAAUCAACUAAUGUGGAGAAAGAAGGGACAAUAGAAAAAAAAUAAACAUCAGGACAACAAGCCAUUUGAAUUGAAUAAAAUACAAUGAGUU